AUGCUAGUCCAAGUUGGUAUCUUUGUCACGCUUCUUAGUAUGUUUUUUCUCCCUACCCUACCCUACCCUACCCUACCUCAAUUUAACUAAUUUUUUAAAUAAUUUUAGCUACUUCGGCUAUGGCAACAAUCCGUUGCUAUGAUUGCGUUGCAGUUGAUGGCGACAUUGUGCCUGAUGCGUUCAAGAAGUUCUUGGAUCCCAAGUGUUUUACGCCGAAGGAACUGGAUAAUAAGAACAUGAAGAACUGUAAUUAUGGCUGUGUUCUUAGCAAAGGCAGUGUUUUUGUGGGAAAAAGUAGGUAUACUAAAUAUAUAUGUAUGUACAAUGUACAGAGGCGUCGCAACGGAUAUUAUUUUAGAUUCCGCCGAAGCUGUUACACGUGGUUGCGCUGAAAAAGAUGAUAAAGUAUGAUUUUUUUAUUUUUUAAUUCGAUAAUUUUUUAAAAAGAUUUAAAAAAAAAUUUUUUUUUGAAUUGAUGAUUUUUUUACAUUUUUAAUUAAUUUUUUUGAAAAUUUAAAAAAAUUUUUUUAUAAAAUUGUUUGAACAGAUAAAUUUUUUAAAUUAUUGUAAAAUUUUUUGAAUUGUUUAUUUUUUUUAAAUAAUUUUUUGAACCGAAUUGUUUUUUAAGUUUUUUUUAAAUUAUUGUAAAAUUUUUUGAAUUGAUAAUUAUUUUUUUGGGUUUUUUUUAAAUUUUUUGAUUGAUUAUUAUAUUUUUUUUCAUUUUUUUAAAAUUUCUUUAAUUGAUUAUUAUUUUUUUAAACUUUUUAAUUCUUUUUUAAAGUUUUUUUAAAAUUUUUUUAAAAUUUUUUGAACUGAUUUGUAUUUUUUUAUUUUUUUUUUAAAUUUUUUGAAUUGAUAAAUUUUUUUAAAAAAUUUUUUAAAAUAUUUUGAAUUUUGAUAAUUUUUUUUUCAUUUUUUAGCUGGGAACAUGCAUGGAACUAGAAAAAAAGCUUUUUAAUGUUUUGGACUUUAAAACCACGUACUGUGCUUCUGCUGGAGAACUGUCCAAUUCGGCCGCUUCUUGGUCCAUCUCUCUUGUCACGUUCGGCUUUGUCUCCAUUUGGCUCAGUUUGUGA